CUCGUCGAUCACAUGAUGAAAUGACAAAGCAGCCAGCAGCUUCCGGAGUACAUCCACAGACACUCGGCUUAAGGGACUCCGUCUACACUGAUACCCAAGAUGCUGGCCCUCAUAAACAGACUGUUGGACUGGUUCAGGUCGCUGUUUUGGAAAGAAGAGAUGGAGCUGACAUUAGUCGGUCUUCAGUACUCGGGAAAAACCACAUUUGUCAACGUAAUUGCAUCGGGACAGUUCAGUGAAGACAUGAUUCCCACAGUCGGCUUCAACAUGCGGAAGGUCACUAAAGGCAACGUAACAAUAAAGAUAUGGGACAUAGGAGGACAGCCUCGCUUCAGAAGCAUGUGGGAGCGUUACUGUAGAGGAGUCAAUGCUAUUGUUUACAUGGUGGACGCAGCGGACCGGGAGAAAAUAGAAGCUUCGAAAAUCGAACUGCACAAUCUUUUAGACAAACCACAGCUACAAGGAAUUCCUGUUCUUGUUCUUGGAAACAAACGGGAUUUAUCCAACGCACUUGAUGAGAAGCAACUUAUUGAAAAAAUGAACCUGUCUGCCAUUCAGGACAGAGAGAUCUGCUGCUACUCUGUUUCCUGCAAGGAGAAAGACAACAUUGACAUCACACUGCAGUGGCUCAUCCAGCACUCAAAGUCGCGGAGAAGCUGAAGCUGCCCGUCUUACUCCGCCCAGUUGUUCCUCUGACCUCAGCCCCCCCGCUGUGAUCACGGGUCCUCCACAGUCAUCCCUCGCACUGCCUCUGUGAAGUAAUCCAGCUCUCCGCUCACCACCACCCGCUUCACCCUGUACACUACCGUAGCUGUGUAGCCCCCAGCCCCCUCUCUCCUGUACAGCACUACCGUUACCCCAACCGUCUGGAGUCUCACUACUGUUAGUGAUUGUUCACACACGUCAGGCCUUAUCAGUAAUGCUCUGUGUUUGUGUACACAUAGAAGUAUCCUUUUUUUGGGUUUGUUUUUAAGCUUGCCAGGAAUCUAAUGGUACUGCAGUUUGCUGUUUCCAGACUUGAGGAAUUCUACAAACCUCUGCUUUAUUUCCUGUCAGACAUUUAGUGUUCACCCGAACACUGAUUGCAGUUUUAAGGAGGUAUUUGCCAGAUAAUUUCUUUUUGUUAAUGCUUUUGCUUCCUGAUACUCCUGUUUUAUCAGCACAUAGAAGUGUCUGUGCUCCCAGGUGACUCAGACUCGGGUUUACAUAUAACUUCAAAUUUUAGUGGAAAGGUGGCUUGAGGCAAAAAUCCCCUAGUGAAGUUUUAAGUGCCUUUGACUGUAAGUGUGUCCCAAUGAGAUGGUUAUUACCCACUGAAGUUUCUAACCCACGAUUAUACAUAAAGACUCGGAAUAGACGCUGUGAAGAUCCCAUGGUUUACACUUAACGCCACUACUUGACAAUCUCAUUUACGUUUCAAAAUCACAUCAACACAUUACAAUGUCUAAACAGUACUGUAGUGCAGGGGAGGAAUGAAGUAUUGUAGGGUAAAUGUGGGAAAAUGUUACAUUGUGUUUGGUUGCUGGGUAAUUUAAAUUCUGUCUCACUUUGUAGCCUUUGAGUCUUCUGUAAUUUCUGAAAGGUGGGUUUAAGUGUGGAUGCAACUCAGGUUGUUUAGGGAUUGCUUUUUAAACAGGAAAAGAGCCUGAACGUCCCCAGGUGUCUGUCUCAAAACAUGUUUUAUGUUUUUGGGGCCGGAUGAUAGAAAGCCAGUGUUAGUCAAGACUGAGCUCACAGAGCGGAGGACUCCUUUGAAGAGUUGGAUGCUCCAUAUGGGCCAUCCUUUGCCUCACCACGGUCCAGAUGCCUGUGAGUUUUUGUUAAAGCCUCAGCAGUCCAAGAAUGACGUUGUCUCCUCUGUAUGUGGCUUUUUCUUCUUUCUUUUUAUUGUUAAGAUUAUAAUUUCUGAUGUUUACCACUAUCACCUGGUAGAUACAGCUCAUUAGUUGUUUUUUCCCAAGCUUGUGAGGGUCUCUCUGGAGCAAGUUGAAUCAUGUCCCUGCAAGACGAGACUGCAUGUCGUCAUGGUCACACUGUUUACCAACAUGUUKUUUAGUGUCUGAUGAUGAUGAUUGUCCUAAUUGUAUUUAUAAAAUAUUGGGACCGCAGCAGUGAGGGGCUGCUCACUUGGAUGACAGCGUGGAUCAUUUUGCAGAAAGCUGUGUAAUAAUAAUUAUAAUAAUAAUAAUAAUAAAGCCUACUUGCAAUUUU